AUGGUGGUAAUAGCUUCAGAUGUGUCUAUGAGUUCUUUGAAGAGUAUGUGCAUGGGGCAGGCUCGAAUAAACAACAAGAAGCAAUUCAUGAAUAAGAAAACUAAAUUUGUAUACUCUGAUGGUAGUGAGGAUGAAGAUGGAGAUCAUGAUGGGAUUGGCAAUAACAUUCAUAGGAGCACAGAGGAGAAAGAUUUACCUACUGAUAAUAUAACCGAUGCUAAUUUUGAAACUCUAGUUGAUGAAAAGCUAGGGCCUCAGAACGAGGACAACUCAUCUGUUCAAGAGGAAAUACAAGAACAUAAAGAGAAUAAGGAGGAAGUGACAAAGAAGCAUAAAAUUCAAGAAGGUGAAGCUGGAGAGCAGCCAAUUAAGAAGCAGUGUGUUGAAUUAAGUUCAUCAAGGUCCCCAAAUUUUGCAUCUUCUAAGAUGGAGGAGAAAUCAGUUGAUAAAUUGAUCGAAGCUGAGCUAGCUGAGUUGGGAGACAAAAGUAAGAGACGAUUCAGCAACCUUGACUCAGGCUGUAAUGGUGUUGUAUUUGUCCAAAUGCGCAAGAGGGAUGAUGAUCCGAACCCGAAGGAUAUUGUGCAGUAUAUGAUGACUUCCCUUGCUUCAACCCGGAAACACAUGUCUAGAUUCAUGUUAAGGGUGCCGCCUGUUGAAUUAAGCUGCUAUGCGUCGGAAGAGGAAAUUGUAAGGGCAAUUAAACCUUUUAUUGCAAAAUACUUUCCAGUGGAAGCUCAAAAGCCCCACAAGGUAGCUUUGAUUUUUGUCUCCUUUUUAAUGACACCCUUGCUUUAUAAUCUAUGCACAAAACCUGAGCGCCUGUACCCCAUUAAGUAA